AUGGAACAACCGGACCAGGCAGUCCUCCCCACGCCAGACGCUCCAAGAAAGGUCGUGACGGUAGACAGCCCGGAGACUUUUGUCAUAGCUACAAACCUGACGACCCCAGCGACCGUAGAACCAACACAGGUCCCAACGCAGCUUACUUUGCUCAGCAAUCAGCCCGUCUCAAGUAUUGACGAACUGUUCCGCGGAAUCUUAACACGCCUUGACCAGCAAGAAGAGCGAACCAACAGCCGAUUGGAUGCACUCACCGCGGCACAGUUUAACUCACAAGAUGAAAUCAACCAUCUCAACAACGCUCGGCUCAACCCAAUGAACUUCACCUCGGUAAGAACAACGCCAGGGUCGUAUGUGCAAACCAGCGGAUUAGGACGUAAUCCUGCCCAGCACCCUAUCGAGCGAAAUAACGACGUAACUGAUCUAACGAAGGACGCCAAGCUAAAAGAAAUCAAAGAGCAAAUGAAAGAAAUGGCCGCAAUGAUUCAAAAAGCAACGGACAAGGCACCCGAAGUCGGACUUAUGCUCGAAGCAACACAGCGAACUCCGUUCUCUCGAAGACUCGCUACAACGACGGUCAGAAGAGCAGUCAAGCCACGGUUGGAUCACUAUGACGGAACGGUCGACCCGCGAGACUUCUUACUCACCUUUGGCGUAGCCCUCGGUCCUUUACAGUUCAGCCCGUCGGAAUACGACGCUGGAGCUUGUCAAGUUUUCGCCGAGCAUCUAACAGGAACCGCAUUGAGCUGGUUCUCGAGACUCCCACCCGGAUCAAUCGAUAGUAUCAGGGAGCUGAUAACCGAAUUUUUGAAGCAGUUUUCUGUUUUGAUCGAGGAUAAGAAUUCCCAUGCCGACUUAUAUGCCUUAACUCAGCACAAGGGAGAAUCGCUUCGGUCCUUUAUAGGGCGAUUCAAGGAAAUCUACAUCAACAUUUCAAUUCCGGACGCUGCCGCAAUUGUCGCACUUCGAAAUGCGCUCUGGUAUGAAUCUCGGUUCAAGGAAGAGUUGUCUUUAACGCAUGUCGAGACCGUAGCCGAGGCAUUACUCCGAGCUGCAAAACACAUUGGGCUUGAGGAAGAGAAAGCUAUCAAUGCUAAGAAGCAUUCUUCGGAGGGAGGUGAAAAUAGUGCAACCCCGUACUGCGACUACCAUCAGAGUAUCACCCACGCAACUGACGAGUGUCAUUACCUCCAGAAGGUCUUGAUGGAGCGAUACAAGAAAGGGGCAAUAGUCGUCGAGCCCGACAGAAGCAAGACAGCCCGACCUGGACGAAGCAACGCCAAGCGCGCCGAAAAUAUCGCUCGAAAAUUCGUCAAGAAUUCAAAGGUACUAGCCGACCAAAGCGAAGACGAGAUGGAAAUUCAAAACCUACUCGCCGAACGGCGCGAAGACAACGGUAACGAAAAACGACCGCAUACAGACAACAAGCCCGACCAACGUCCUCCGACGAUACGACGAAUCAACAUGAUAAUAGGCGGGCUAGCCGGAUGCAACGAUUUGGUCAGAGCGAUCAGAGAUUAUACUAAGAAAGCUGAAAUGACGAAAUCUUGGCCGUCAAGGUUCGAGGCUGUAGGCAUGCCAAUCACUUUCGACGGAAAAGAUCUAGAAGGUUUGGAUUUACCGCAUAACGAUCCAUUGGUCGUCGAACUCUUGAUCGGCGAAAGCGAGGUGACGAGAAUAUUGAUCGACACUGGAAGCUCAGUCAACGUCAUCUUCAGAGACGUGUUGGCCAAAAUGGAAGUCGGCGAACGGGACAUUAUGCCAGAAUGUCACUCUUUAACGGGCUUCGACGGGGAUCAUCUUAUGUCCGUCGGCACCAUCACCUUACCAAUCUUCGUUGGGGGGAUAGCCAGAUACUUCCGGUUCGCGAUUAUCGACAAGCCAACGAUCUACAACGUCAUCCUUGGAACCCCAUGGCUCCACAAGAUGAAAGCCGUCCCAACAACAUAUCAUCAGUGCGUUAACUUCCCGACAGGGCGACAACAGCGCAUCACCAACAGACAGAAAGCCGACUGCCGUCCAGCAGGGCGUUGCCGCGGUCGAGGAGGUGAACCUCGACGAAAACGACAAGAAACGAUGCGUUAA